AUGUCGCGUCUGGAUGAUAUUCUGGGUGAUCCUGAUGCAUCCGAUGCCUGUCGGCAGUUGUUAGACUGUUACAGCGCCGACCUGGGCAUUGAUGUGUUGACACGUAUGCCAGAUGUCAAGGUGGCAUCUUCGUCAUUUUUAUCGCAAUUGUCUGGCAAAUCGGCAGAACAUGUAUCGUCUACUCUUGAGAAUUUGAGUCAUGCGUUGCUAAUAGUGAAAGCGUUACGUCACAAGGCCGUAUUGAACAAUACAAGUGACAUUAUAGAGAGUGUUGGUGAGGUCAACAAUUUCAUGUCUCGUCUUGACGAUGUGACGGGUUCCGUGUCACAUUUGCAGGAUAGUGUUGAACUCCGUUACGGUCGCUCUAUUGCGUUAUACAAGGGUCUGAGUAAUGAUAUAUCUUGUAUAGAUGGUAUGUGUGAUGUCCAAGCUUGUGUUGUGGAGUGCAUGGAUAUAUUGACCUGUAUCCGUACCCUGCAAUGCGAGUUAGAGUGUCUAGGUACUACGUUAAAAGAUUUGGCUGUACUGCUCAACAUUUCGCGUAAACUUGGUCAAGUAAUAUUACGGUUGAAGUCCGUUGAGUCUAGUGCGGUACGUGAUUUGAUUAUGAGGUAUUGUUGUGAGUUGAAGUCUGAGGUGUUUGAUCGUGCUUUUGAGGUUGGUGUGUGUCCUGUGAUAAUUCUUUCGGAGAAAACUGGUAGUGACACUUGUGAUUACGAUGGUUGUAUGAAGACAUUAUCAAUAUGUCAUCAUAUAUUUCGUGAGCUUGGUGUGGCCCCGGAUUGUGCCUUACGCCUGGUUGACCAUAUGGUGGCAUCGACGGGCCGCUGUAUCGACUUGAGUCGAUUAGUAGUCUCUGGUAGUUUUACUCAGAUGUGGCAGCAAUUUUUCAUAUCGCAAUUGGCUGAAUUUAUGGCUAAGUACAGGUCAUGUCUUAUAGCCCUCUACACUUAUUGCAGGGCGGUAGACUACCGUUUACUUGAUCACUUGGAUGAUGAAGAGAAGCGUAGUUUGAAAUCGUUGAACAUAUUAUCACAUACAUCUCAUGUACUUACUAACCCAUUAGAGGUGUUUGCUGCAUGUGAGCUUUAUGCAAAACGUGCAGUUGGACUUAUACAAACUGCCCUCACACAUAUCGAGUCGCAGUACAAGGCUACUGACCUUUUUGAUGUCGAAAUGCUGGUGCCACAACUCAUCACUAUGGGUGAAUGUACUCAUGCUGAGUUGAGUCACUUGAAUAUCCGUUUUAACUUGCACGCCUAUUAUUUCAAGACUGUUUGUGAGAAGUAUGCCAAAGAGUUCAUGACUAGGGCUGCUGAGCAUUUACUUCCAUCAUCAAAAACUGUAUUUUCGGUGUGGGUGAAGGUACUGCAACAGCAUGGAGUAAAUAGCAUGAAGGAGCUGUCUCCCAGCAUGGAAUUACAGGUUGCCUCUGCAGUGCUCCACCAGAUACCGGUUGAUGACACUCUUGCGCAUAUUAUCUAUGAAUUUCUGGACAAGUCUCAUUGUUGCGAGACCCUGCAUCAAUAUGUGUUGCAAAUAGCCAACUCUGCUCUACAGAAUAUACUGGAGUCUGCUGAAGCUCUAUCUACGGUCUCGGGUUCUAGGCUGAUGCUUGGUGAUGGUGGUAGUAAGAUCUCGUUGAAGCGUCCUACUGAUGCACAUUUGUUGAAUGUGCGUAUCCAUCGUUAUAUUACCUCAUUGGUCGGGAUCCUGGAACCAUGUAUGGCCCGUUCGGUUGACCUAGAGUCACCCUUGUUCCAGACCCUACAGGCGUGCAAGAAUAUCGAUCCUAUAGAGCAUUGGUCAGAUGAUGUCGGUGCUACCCUUUGGCAUACUGUUUCUUAUGUAAGCUCUGGUGGUUGUCAAGAAUUCGGGUGGUUUGUUCAUCAGGUCUUGACGGCUACCCAGCACAUGGUAAAAAUCUGUAAAUUCUUGCGUGAAAACUACUUCAACCAGCUCGUUCCAUCCGGUCGUAUGAAGGUUUUUAGAAGAUUAUCCGCACAUGCAAUUGCUUCUUUCGUCAUCUAUGCCAUCACGGUCUGGCCUCUGGAUGAGGAUGACAAGAUGGCACUUCUAGGUGUGAUGACAGAACUUGAGAUGGAACUUGCUGAGAUCUCGAAAGAGUCACUUUCUAAGCCUGAAUCAGACUACCUUGCUGCGUUUAGACGUCUGAUCUAUCUAGGUGACGAGCUCUUCGACAUUCUCCAAACGCCGGAUUUCCAGGCCCACACAUGCCUGUGGCUACCCAUAGACGUUAUAUCGCUCCAUGUGAUGGCCCGCAUUGUAAACAGCCCACAACUGCCGUCAACAGCGCGUGAAGAACUUGCGCAAACACCUCUGCAUAAAUUUCUGGGACACGAAAGUACACAUGCAAUGCUGUCCAAGUUCCACGAUAAGAUGCUGAAUUACCGACCCGAUUCACCUACCCAGCCAACACUUGGCAAUCGUCUAUCUCAAUAUUUGCAAGGUUUCCCAUCGUUGGAACCUAUUUUAAGCAGCGAAUUGAAACAUGCGUUUUCCUUGCUUAACACACACUAA